AGAGAGAGAGAGAGAGAGACCCAGCCUCAGCCUGUAUUGUGAUUCGCAGGCAGGGGGAUUCAGAUAAAAAAACAGCUUUUUCCCAGCCACGGACGCAACACUGGUCACUGCUGUAGAAUCGCCCCAAACAGCCCCAAAAAUGGAGGAAGACAUGGAUGAGGGACAGACCCAGAAAGGAUGUAUGGAGUGCUGUGUGAAGUGUUUGCGGGGAAUCCCGUACCCGUCCCUGAUCGCCACCAUCCUGCUGUAUGCUGGUGUGGCACUUUUCUGCGGUUGUGGUCAUGAAGCUCUGUCUGGCACGGUCACCAUCCUACAGAAUUACUUUGAGGUGAUCAGAGCACCCGGAGACUCCCUGGACGUUUUCACCAUGAUCGACAUCAUUAAGUAUGUGAUUUACGGAAUCGCCUCAGCUUUCUUCGUAUACGGCAUCCUGCUGAUGGUGGAAGGUUUCUUCACCAGCAGAGCCAUUAAGGACCUGUAUGGGGACUUCAAAAUCACCACCUGUGGCCGCUGUGUCAGUGCAUGGUUCAUCAUGCUGACAUACAUCUUCAUGCUGGCCUGGCUCGGAGUGACGGCCUUCACCGCUCUGCCCGUCUUCAUGUACUUCAACAUCUGGACCAUCUGCCAGAACACCACGGUGCUGGAAGGAGCCAAUCUGUGCCUGGACCCACGCCAGUUUGGUGUAGUGACCAUUGGAGAGGAGAAGUCAGUGUGUACAGGAUCAGAUAAAUUCUCUAACAUGUGUAACUCUAAAGAGCUGGAUAUGACCUUCCACCUGUUUGUGUGUGCGCUGGCCGGCGCUGGAGCUGCAGUAAUCGCCAUGAUCCAUUAUCUGAUGGUGCUCUCCGCUAACUGGGCCUAUGUGAAAGACGCAUGUAAGAUGCAGAAAUAUGAGGACUGCAAGUCCAAGGAGGAGCAGGAGCUUCACGACAUCCACUCCACGCGCUCCAAAGAGCGCCUCAACGCCUACACAUAAAACAGGAGGAGCGGGAGAGGACCCUCAGUGCUCUCACUUCCUUUAUAGGGGAAGUUUUGGCGCUGGUGCUGUCCAACAGGAGUGUCACAUGACCAACCCCAUGGCCAACCCCUUACCUCUGGCACAAGCAUUAUUAUUAUUAUUAUUAUUAUUAUUAUGAUCUUCUUUACUAAUACUAUGUAGAAGUAGCUGUAGUGUUGUAGUUUUUUACAGUAUUGUAUGUUUUUUUAUUUUCUCAAAAGAUCGUGCAGGUUCAUUUAUUUUUCAUUUAUUGUUUGACAUCAGUCAUAGUAAAACUUUAUGCAAGUUUAUUUUUUCUGUUUUGUUUUGAAAAACAUCAGUAUUCACGUCCUCCUUAUUCAACGGGUCGGUUGUGGGGUGUAAAGCACAUUUUUUCAUGUGUGUUUGUGAUCUCAUGUUCAAGUACUUCACACAUGAAUGAAAAAAAUUGGAAAAGAAACAAUUUUUUUUUCUUUUUUGAUAUUUUUUUUAAUUUUUUUUAUUGACUUAUUUUUUAAAUCAGUGAAAGAUUUUUGGCCCGGAUGUAGCAGAUCGCUCGUCGAUUCUGCACUAUUUUGGAAACAGAAAUAAGAAAAAGAAAAAAAAUCAAAAACAGAAAAAAAGAAAGACAAAAACGAAUAAGAAAUGUACCAUAAAGUGUUUAUUUAUUAUUUUUCUACAGAUAUCAUUGCAUAGUGAGUAAGAGAAAAUGGUUAUAAGUUGCUUGCUGUGUCUGUCCUGUUUUCCUGGGACGCACAGCCUGCCAGUAUUGGGGCAUUGUUAUCUUCUUCAGAGGGAGAAUAAAUAGUGCUUAUGCAUUGCUCCUAUUGGGUGGAGUGUCAACAGCUAAAAUCUAUUGAAGGAGUACUUCUGUGUUUUUCAACCUAAACUCUGUUUUACAAUACUAUAGUAUAUUUUCAGUUAUGUUGGAUAAUAAUUCCUGUGUGUACCAAAAAAAAUUAAAAAGCUGUUGACUCAGAAUCUUAAAAUGGAAGUCAAUAGAUCGAUGCUGAACCACAAUUAUACUGGAAAUCAACACAGGUACUGGGCCACAUUUAUAACAUAGUAAAUGGAUAGAUGCUUCUGCAUACUUACAAUGGAAAUCAAUGGGCAGAUGCUUCUGCAUACUUACACUUGAAGUCAACAGACAAAUGCUUCAAUAUACAAUGGAAGUCAACAGACAGAUGCUUCAACAUGCUUACAAUGGAAGUCAAUAGGCAUAUGCUGAGACACACAUAUAAUGGAUUUCCACUGUAAGUGUGCUGAAGUAUCUGCCCACUGACUUCCAUUUAAAGUGUAUAAAUGUGUCUUAGCAUCUGUCCAUUAACCAUUGACCUCCAUUAUAAAGAUGUAGAUGCAUCUACCCAUUGACUUCCAUUGUAAAAGUGCUUCUCUUAUUAGUAUAUUUCAAAUCUUGUCUUUUCGAAGUAGUAAGUACAGAGACAUGCAUUAAAAGUAUUGUCCAUGGUAAACGACUGUCCACUAUGGGUAGAGCAGGUAGGGAUUAGGUUGAAAAACGCUGGCGUAUGCCUUUGAAAGCUGACUCCUUCUUGAGUAAUAAUGCAACAAGUUCUGUACUGGCUGACUGCCACAUAUGCAUAAGCCUACAGUGUUAUUAUCCCCACUUUUAUUUUCCUACAGAUAAUAGAUACAGGUAAGUAGACCGUCCUUUUUUGUUGUGUUUUUCUUUUAAUCGCAUUUUUUGUCUUGCUUUUGUAAAUAGUCAUUCUGUAAAUGUAUACAUGUACCGUAUGUAAGCACUUCGAUUUCAGGUGAAUCAAAAAUAACAUUCCAUGUUAGUGAAUGAGGGGUGGGGGUGAUAGAGAAGGAGGAGGUGGAGGAGGUGGGGAUGGUGUCCUUUAAAGAAAAAAGAGAAAACAAUUCAGGCGAUGUGUUUGUGGUCACAUUUUUUGGGUGAUUUGUUUUUAAGGGGUAUCACAACAGAAUCAGAUAUUAAAGAGGUUCUAAUGCUAUUACCUUGACGACAGUAAACAUGUCACAUGUUGUCUUGCUUACGAGUCAUUAUACUAUUGAGACAAAGGAGGUGUCUUAUCAUUCUUUUUAAAUGCCUGGCAAGUCAUGUUCUGUCAGUGUUUCUAAGAGCUAGUUUUGUGCACUUAUAUUUGACCAUUUUGUGAGCUCUUUCUCAGUGUAAGUGCAUUGGGAUUUCAGCUGGCCAGUUGGAUCCCGCUGUAACGUUAGGUAAAGACUGUGAAUUCUAGGUGUUAUUUGUGGCAUGGUCAUGCAUUUAAUGGUAAUUGUUUUUACUGGAUCCAAAAAAAAAAAAAAGAAAAAAAGAUGAAUUUAAAAGAAAAAAAAAUCAGAAAAAUGCUUUCAUUUCACCUUUUUAUGAGUUU